UCUGUAGGCUAAAACUCAACUACGCUGUGUGUAUUCGGUUGUUUUAACCAGAAACUGCAGUGCAAUAACUUUUAAAACCCGUGCGUAAUUCAUUUUCAAAGAAUGAUCCUUAAACGGUGCGUAGCCUAAUUGGGUUUCAAUUCCCAUGAUGGAUGUAAAGUGCGCAAUGGCUCUAAAUGAAGUUAUGAGAAUCUGAAGGAUAUGGGUGCGUUUCCACUAAGAUGCCAGUAUUUGCACAGUGUGCUGUGCUGAUUUGACAUUUCAUUGGAAAUGUUAAUGUAGAAAACGCUUCCUGUAACUGCGUAUCGCACAGAUAAAUGGAGUAACGGAAAGGGGGGGGGGGAGACUUACACGGCGUUCAAGCGAUGGUCAGUCAACUCAAGUGGACUUUCCGCUUCAGGAGUGCCAAUACAGUCUUAUUAUUAUCACAGGCACAGCGGAGUAACCCACAAGGGACAGGUCACCGCGUCUGCGAGACAGAAUAAAAUCGGCCAGUGUUCAGAGGAUGACAACAGAUGUUCAGCGAAUACUCAUAUGACUUCAGAAGCUUUGAUUUAGAGGACCAGGCUAUACGGGAACAUAUUUCGGACUGGGCACAAGCAGGAACCUAAAGUUGCGCACAGUUCUUUCCAUUUACAUGCUUAUUGAACGCACGCAAAAGGUCUCCGGUUCAACUUUAUUCCACAAAAGCGUUGGAGAAGGAGUUCACUUUUUCUCUCUCUCCACGGGAGCUAUGAGCGGACUGCGUAAGCACGUCACUAUGCGACUGGUGCUACUGAUAUGCACGCUGACCGGCCACUGCAGCGUGAGCGCGCCGUCGGCGGCCCCGGCGCCUGCUGCAGCCGGCCGGGGCGCGCAGCGGGACUUGAUGCGGAUGGUAGAGAUCGUAAAACACGUGGAGGAGAGCCGGGGUCGCCACAGCGCAAAAACGGAAGCACCGUCAACAUCAAGGUCGAGGACCUCUCCGGUGGAACAGAAGGAUUUACACAACUUGAAAACAGACAGAGGGGAUCAGACUGUCGCCGUAUUCCCCAGAGAUCUCAGAAAGAAGGAGAAAUUCCUAAAACAUAUAACAGGUCCACUUUACUUCAGUCCCAAGUGCAGGAAGCAUGUGUACAGACUCUACCACCACACCAGAGACUGCACUAUACCUGCAUAUUUCAAAAGAUGUGCGCGGCUUCUCACCAGACUAGCCGGCAGCCCGCAGUGCACAGAGGGGUAGCACACACAAGGUUGAAACCAAGCACAAGUUUUACACGAGAAAACAACUUGGGAAAAAGGACAGUAAGAGGGAAGCCUAAAAUACUCUGACCAGCCCCAACUGACAUUAGGCACAGUAUUGCCCUUCAGUGAGGCCUGCUCGGCUAAGGCAUGGAUUACUGCAUCCCACCGCUCUGGCUCGAUGGUUGGCUGUCACCACGAGGAAGGCAACCAGCCAACAAAACCAGACCAAGAUAAAGAUAGUGAAGCUGAAAAGUGGAGAAAGAAAAAGUGGCUGAGAGAAACAAACAUGAGGCAAAUUUUCCUGCUGGCAUCCAUAAAGAUGAGAAAAAAAAGGGAUAUAUUUGAAUAUAUAUUUGAAUUCUGUUUAUUUCCUCUAAGAAAAGGGCAAAAUCCAAAUGUACUAUUUUUCGUAGGACUUGAUUUCUACGAUUGGUUUGCUCUGUACGAGUGCUGUGGGUUGAGCGCAUCCUUUCUACUGCACAGCAGCUCUCACAGACCCCUGGCAUCAGUCACGGCAUAGUUUCACCCACUUGUGCUCACACUGAGAAAGAACUGUGAUUAAAUUAUUAAUUACAUGAACAUUUUCCUGCGUCUUUGCAAGACAUGUUAAAAAAGGAAGUGGCGGUUGUAAGUCACAGCCCUCCUGUGGAUCUUGGUAGAGCAUGGUAAAGUCUAUAUUUAUAUAUUAUUUGAGUUGUCACAAGGUUCCACUGUACAGACUAUAGGCCAUAUGAAACAAGAGAAAUAUGAUGUACAUACUGUAAAGCAAAGCAAGAGGAAUCCAUCUAUCUACCAUAAAUUAAAGUGACUGGCAUUUAAAUGGUCAUUAAAUGGCUGUUAAAUACAAAUAUAUCUAAAAAUGAAAUAUAUUUAAAUAAAUUAUAAGAUUGG